CCGGAUGUUGUCUCUCUCCAGGCUUUGCACCAUCUCCUCCACCACAUUCUGCACGCGUGUCUGAUGCCCCUCCGCCAUGUUUGCUCGUCCUGCUUCAGGGAAACGUCAACUCUUGCAGCAUCUACACCAAACUACCGAGAUCUACCCGCCGGAAGCCGUCAACACUCCACGUUACUGUCUGACAAUAACUAAGGUCACCUCCAUUCAAGCAUGCUUCAAGAUGAGAGAUGAUUGCGUCAUUUCCGCUUUACUUCCGCAACCGGUUUUAGGGAGAGAAAAAAACUAUUUCCGGUUUGGUUAGUCGGGCUUCAAAAUAAGUCCCACGAGAUCUUGAUUUAAAAGGCAUAGUUAUACAGGGUUAUAAUCUUUAAACAGUAGUGGAAGAAAAACUCAGUUCCUGUAAAAUGGAAACACCAUAUUCUUAAAUUAAUCAAAACUGGCAAAACUAUGAGCAGUAACUCGUUGCUAAAAUAUUAAAAGUAAAAGGAGUCAUUUAAUAGUACUAGCCUGUUAAUCGGGCCCUAAUAAUUAGGGCCCGAUCACCUACGGUGUUUUUUCAGGACCUGGACAUGUUCAAAUUCCGACCAAAGUUUGCGAGGAAAUUCAAAACCUCAAAAAGUAACUGUAUUCUGGAGAAAUUUGAAUUGGGCGUGGCAAAAUGGCUCAACAGUGCCACCUACGGAAACGCUCCUCAGUUAGCUUUCACCGAUCCUCACGAAAAUGAGGACAGUUGUGUAACAUAACCAGAUGUACAAAUGAAAAAGGCAACAGGAAGUCUACUAUUUUGGAUAGAGUGGUCAAUUUGGCAUGAUAAUUAAGUUCUUGUAAUAUCGGUCCUGUUAGUGCUACAACGUAGCCCCAGUUAUAUGUUAUUAUUAUAAGGAUAACAAACCUGGGGCAAAUAUUUUUCCCCUGUCCUCUUGUGACUUUUGUUUGUAAACUGCAAUCUGAGGAUAACGCGUGUUCAAGGAAUUAUUCAAGUAUAAUCUCAAAUGGAUUUUGAUGCUUUUAUUGUGAAACGCACACUUCAGUGUAGCAGGAAGUGUGUCUCAAUAUUUGUGGCUGUUCACGGAGCUCCGGCAUGAAUCAAGCUUGAAACCAGUUCAGUGAGUUAUUUCUACUUCUGCUCUGUUCGUCCGGACUUUAAUAAAAGAGAAGAAGAGUUUUUAUUGAGCUUUAAACUUUAACUCAUCAGUCGCGGUGAAGAGACUUGUGUGAAUUUCACUUCUGGAUCAACCACAGUCACUUUGAAAGCAAUGUUCCUCGGUGCAGAGCUCUAGAUGUCUACAAUGAGUCUUCACACCCUGACACUGACAGCUCUGUGCUUCCUGUGGCUCUGUCCCAGCUGCGGCAGAAGUUCAGCUUCAGCCCCAGAUCUGCAGGAGCAGCCCAAAAAGAUAGCUGUGGUCGGAGCGGGCAUCGGUGGCACGGCAGCAGCGUUUUACCUGAGGCAGGAGUUCGGAGCCGCGGUGAAGAUCGAUGUGUUUGAAUCCGGGGAUGUCGGUGGCCCGCUGGCGACAGUGAGGAUCGGGGAUCACGAGUAUGAGACGGGAGGUUUAAUGAUCCAUCCUCUAAACCUACACAUGAAGCACUUUGUUGAAAAAUUAGGUAUCCCUCCAAGGAAAGAGGUCUCGUCUAAAAUGGCGAUCUUUGACGGGAAGGAGCUGACGUUUGAAGAGAGCGACUGGUUCAUAAUUAAUUUCCUACGCAUGCUCUGGCGAUACGGCUUCAACAUGCUUCGGAUGCAGAUGUGGGUGGAGAGUAUUUUGGACAAAUUUAUGAGGAUCUACCAGUACCAGCAGUAUGGUUACUCAUUCUCCAGCGUGGAGAAACUCCUGCACGCCAUGGGCGGCGAUAGUUUUCUCACCCUGAUGAAUCAGACGCUGGAGGAAACCAUGAGGAGUGAAGGAUUCUCACAGAUCUUUCUCAAUGAUGUUGUUGCACCCAUGACUCGUGUCAACUAUGGUCAAAGUGUCCGCAUUCACGGGUUUGCGGGGGCCUCGUCGUUAGCAGGAGCAGAUUCAGGUCAGUGGGCCGUGGAAGGAGGCAACAAGAAAGUUUGCUCAGGGCUGUUGUACAACAGUAAAAGUGUUCUGAUCCCGGCCAGAGUGACGUCCAUCUCAGUCAAAGUUCGACCUUCCAAGUCAGGCCCCACAAACAGUUACUAUGAGGUCAGUUAUGUCGGGGAGUCAGGCUCCGCCCACUCUCUGUAUGACAUCGUGGUAAUAGCAACGCCGCUUCACCAGGGAAAGUCUGACAUCACCUUCUCAGGCUUCUCUCCUCCAAUCCCGUCUCACUACCCUGGGCGCUACCACCAGACGGUGUCCACUCUGGUCCACGGUCUGCUUAACAUGUCCUACCUCGGCACCACAGAGCCGCCCUCUGGCUUCACCGUGUCUGACGUCCUCACCACUGACUCCAAGGGCUCACUCAUCCACCGCCUGACCUCUCUCGACCCUGUGCACAUCCCUGCUGGCUACAAACGCCCCCCCGCCAGCCAGGCCAAAGUCUGGAGGGUGUCCUCGCUACAGCCGCUGUCUCAGGAGAACCUGCAGAACAUGUUCCUCUCAUGGGAUUCGGUGUCCGAGACCCGGAUGGCUUAUCCUGCGUACCGCCCAGCACAUCGGAGGACCCCUCCCUUCAUCCUGCACAACCGGCUGUACUACCUCAGCGCUGUGGAGUGGGCGGCGAGCACCAUGGAGAUGAACGCCAUCUCCGGCAGGAACGUGGCCCUGCUGGCACACCACCGCUGGCACAGCCAGGUCGACAAAAUCGACCAGGAGGACCUGCACACCCGACUAAGAGGGGAACUCUGAGUCGGGAACACUACUUGAGAUGAGAACAGAAAGCAAUAGAGUAGAGUAUGUAGAGACGCUCAAGGGCAUGUCUGCUGCACUGUAAUCACUCCAGUCAGGGUGAAUCCCAAUGCUCCUUCAGGUGACUGUGGUGCCCUGGCCUCCUUAAACCUAGAUCCUGGUUUGUUGAAAACUUCAUUUCUAGAAAGUAAAGUGCUGUUGCUGAGAUUAACAACAACAUUACUCGAUUUAAGGAGUGUUCAGUAAAAAAAAAAAAACAGUCAAAAUUAGUUUUUGAUGUUAACAUUUGUUAAUUUUCAAACAAAUAUGCUCCAUAUACAACAGUUUCAGCUGUAGACGGUUAAUUAAAAUGGACAACGCGUCUCCACUCCCUCCCAUUAUCCGGAAAUUAAGCUAAAAUAUCCCUGAUACGAACACACUCGACCAAUCGGGUGUCAGCUGUCAGUCAAUUCGUCCUAUUUGAAUUAAAACCACUUACCAGACUUACCAGAAACAUGAGCAUUGGAACAAACACCAGUGUGAAAAGAACCUUUUGGGAAUCAUUCAUGUUUCCAUCUUUAUGUUUGGUCUGUAGAAAGAGAAAACUGUUGUUUACACUAAUUAGACAGUUUUCUCUCUUUCUGUUGUGGACCAAUCAAUUGAUCAAGAAAAUAGUCUUCACAUGAAUCAAUAAUAUAUUAAUAGUUUUAUCAUAGUGAUAUAAUUGACAGGUGACAUUGCUACAAGGAAACAAACCGGGAAGUGUUCAGAAAAGUUUUUAACAAUUGAAUCUUUAACAAUUGAAACGGUUGUUUUGUGUAAAUCAAUAAGUGAGUUGAUAAUAAUCCUUAGUCCACAGGCAAACUGCUUCAAAUAGGAUGAUUUAGUUUAAACCUGAACCAGACUGUAACAUGACCACAUUGUUAAGAGUUCUAACAUUUCUUUUCCUAUCUGAAAUCAUCUUUAUUGAUGACUCUCCAUUCAAAGCAGUAAACUUAGUGCAAUGCUACUUUAACGACGUUGUAAUAAAUGAGGAAAUGUUCUGUUAAUAGCUCUAAUCAGCAGCCACAUCAUCACUGUCAGGGCUGAGACCUGAAGGCAUCACCAGCAACAGCACAAACGUCACAGUAAAAGGUGGAACUAGGUUUGUACUGUGCUGAAAUGAGUAAUCACUGUGAACUACACUGCACUGCGUUCCUCAGUCUGUAUAUGAGUGUCUUGAACAAAUUUGUAGAUUUUUUAAAUACAUUUUUUAAUGUCUUUUCCUUUGUUAUAAACACAGCAAAGCUAACAUAACACAAACCAACAACUGACUAACAUGAUGCUGUCCCUUUAUUGAUAGACUCAGAGGAUUUUCUGAGUCCGCAGCACACUACUGUAAAUGUUGUUAUAGUUCAGGCAGCUGUCAGCGAGAGAGGUUUACUACUAAGAUAUUUUCUCUGCAAACUGGAUGAUGUUGAAAUUUAUGUAUUUUCUUAAAUUCCUAUCUAUUGGAGACAGUCUAAUGACCACUUCAACUUUAUUGUGGUGCCUUAAAUUCAUCGAAGCAAUCGACUCGUGUUUAUUAAAAGAGUCGCCUCUGAUUUUAGAAAUAAUUGUCCAAAAUGCCAUCAGAGUUUAAACUGGGGCCGAUGCCUUUCUGUGUUUUUGCUGUAACGAAUGGAAACAUGUUCUGUACCUGAGAUUCCAAUGAUGUCACUUAAAGAAACUACCUAUGUGUUGUUUAGCUUCUUCGGGAAGGCCGCUACUGUUUGCUGAUUCAUUCUUAAGCACUUUUCAACGUGUAUUUUUCUAGAUGUUUUUAUAAAGAAGUUCUUGGGUUGUGUUUAUGUGUCGUACUAUUGCAAGAUUAUUAAUCGUGCACUUUAUUUGAACCUUAAAUCUUCAGAGCCAUCUGCAAUUGCCAAAUAAAACCCAAAUUCUGCUGCACAAAUACAAUGAUACUUUAUAAUUUGAAAUGAAUCUAAUUUCAAACAUUAAUUGAAACCUCCCUGAUCAUACUGUAUGCUUUUAAAAGUGUUUACAAUCACAAUAAAGGGAUGAGAGCUCA